UAUUUUAUUUGUAAAAUCUUACUUACAAAAACGUCAAGGUAAGUAAAAAAAAAAAAAAAGAAGAAGACAAAUAGUCAUUUUUGAGGAAGAUAUAAUAAAUCUGAGAGGCGCUUCGGUUGCCUUAGUAACCAGGAACGUCAUUAUGUGUAAAAGAGAAGAGCUGUAGUUUUGCCGUAGUUAUAAUCCUCAUAGACAGAGAAGGCUUGAGCCAUGGAUAACUGUGAUUUGGAGAAGCUCACUAUCUCUGCUGGGAAGCUCCAGCCAGCCUUCUCACCACAAGUUACAGACUACAAAGUGACAGUGGAGAGCAGUGUCGACAAAGUGACUCUGGGCCUGAGCACCAGUGAUUGUGGAGCAUCAUACAGCAUUCUGACUGGUGAUCGUUCCAGCACUGUUACACUGAAGGAGGGGAUAAACAGAGUGGAAAUUGAAGUGGUGUCUGAAGAUGGGACAGUGAAGAAAUACAGUGUGGACAUCACUAAGCUGUCAGCAAAGGUCGCAGAGCUCAGUGAUCUGUCUCUGGAAGGGGAUAUUCCACUUCACCCAGCUUUUGCUGCCAAAGUCCAUGAAUACAGCAGUUUUGUCCCAUUUCACUGUAAUUUAGUGACAGUUCAAACCAAGGUUCCAGACAGCCUCAUUAAAGUUGCAGUAAAUGGUCAAAGCGACUCUCAAACUGUCUCACUACAUUUUGGAGACACCUUGGUGGAGAUCUCUGUCUGCUCAGCAGAUGGCAGUGUUACGCAGGUGUACACAGUGUGUGUGACGCGGGAGCUGAUUCCCGUGGCUGUGACCUUCUCGGAGGGGAAACAUCAAGUGGAAUAUGAAUGCCCCGUGUCUCUCAGCGCUCUGUACAGAGCUGUGUCUGUCCACCAGAGUGACCCGAAGAGCAUCUUCUCAAGACCUUACAUCGAGAUGCUGGCCCGACGGUCAAAGGUUGACCCGUUUACUGGUUCUGUUCUGGGAGAAGGCUGGAAGGUCUCUGAACUGGACGUUGACAAAACGAUGUCAGCAGCUCCGGUCCACUGCUUCUUUCGUUACCGAGGAUGUGACAGCGUGAUGCAGCUAUCAGAGCUCGGGUUGCACGCCCUGGACUGUCCACACAAACCCACCGGGGAGCUGGAUGCAAAGGAUGUCAUAGAGAGCCGGUGGUAUAAGGAGUACUUUGCCACAUCUGCAGGUCUGGAGAUAGAGACAAAGCAUGUUUGUACGGUGCGUAACUGGGAGAAAAAACUCCAAAUGACACAAGAGGAGAACACUGUGGAUAACCUGUGUGCUCUGGCUGAGGAGCAUCUGAAACUCCACAGGGAACACCUACCGAAACCAGGCGAGCGUUUGAGGAGUGAGAACGUGGACGCUCUGCUGCACCGCCUGGAUGAGGCGGCUGCUCUUUAUGCAUCAGCAAUCGCCCUCAGUCCCAAAAAUGCCAAAGUCCACUUUCUGCUGGGUCUCGUUUUGGAGGAGCACCACAACACCACCCAGGUUUACGGCUCUCCGAAAAAGGCUGAUAAGGACAAAGAGGACAUAAGUGAGGCCAAGUCUUCGGCCCAUCAGGACGACAUCCUGGCUGUGUGUAAGCUGCAUGGCUUCCACGGCAUGCCCUCCGUGGAGAACCAGCUGCAGGCCCUGGAUAAGGAGUAUCACCAGCUGAAAGAUCAGGGACAGUUCAGCAAGUCAGACUAUGUGCAGACCCUUUACCUCUGGCUGUCCAAGCAUGCUGCAAAGGAUCGCAACAUAGUGAUGCAAGACGAGGAGAGCCACAUGUAUCGAUCCCUCCUGAAGUACCUGGACGCUUGGUCCCUGAGCCCGGACAGCUGGGAGUUCAGCCUCCACAUAGGGAGACUCCUGCUGCUGCAGGGGAGAAGCAAGGAAGCUCUGCAGCACGUUCAGACCGGGCUGGCGCUGCGCCCGCUGGACCCCGCACUCAGAUUCUUUACAGGCCUGGCUCUGUUGCAGCAGGAGCAGAAAGCCUGUGAGGCCACGGAGAAGGAGGCUGCACUGUUCUUACAUCAGGGACUGGAGCACUUUGUCAGCCAACGCUGUAGCGCGAGUCAGGAGGACCAGGAUCCAUUCGACCCUCUGUCCAGCCUGAAUCCACAGUUUCUCCGAGGGCUUCUCACCCUGGGGCAGCUGCAGCAGAAGGCCAUGUUGUCUGAGAAGUCCAUGACUCCUGAGCAGGUGUAUCACAUCGUGGCGGCGCUGGCUGCCCGGAGCGUGAGUCAGUUUGUGUGUCACAGCGAGGCGAGCAGGCAGCUGGAGUGGGUGCUGCUGGAUGCUCACUUCGCCCUGCUGCAGAGACUCAUCCAGCAGGGCGAGCAGCAGGCGCAGGCGGUCGUCGACAUGCAGGCCCUGGUGGCGAAGAGGUGCCAGGCCCUCACCGCUCUCAUCCGCCUGACAACCAUCUCUCCUUGCCAAGAGCUGCUGGACAUGCAAGAGAGAACGUGCCAGCUGGCGGUGGUUACGUCUCCGCGGGACAGCCGAGCUCUGUGUCACCUCGGAGUGGCCCAGCUGGCUCAGUACGAUAGCAACCCGAACUCAGACAGGUCAAAUGAGGUCCUGAGCGACGCCUGCCUCAGCUUCCAGGCCAGCAUCGAGCUGGAAGACAAACCUCAGAGUGGAGAUCCACCUGAACCGCUGGGCAAACAGAAGUGGUGGCAGCAGCACCUGGAGGUUAAAAACAAGAAGGCAGCCGCGCAGGCCAGCCCUCAACCAACCCAAGCUCCACUUUGCAAGACUGUCCCAAUCAGGGACGCCAAGCUGGGCAGAGGAGGUCCGAUUCAGGGUCGGGCCCCUGGGUCCAGACCUCCUCCAGUUGCCCCUGCGGCCCCCGUCAGAGGAGGGAAGGUGCUUCAACCUCCAGCUAGAAUUCCUCCAGUCAAGGGGAGACCUGGUGCAGCUAUUAAACCAGAUACAGCAGCUAAACCUGGCAGCGACGAUACUAAAGCCAAGCUCCCUGCUAGCAAGCCUGAACAGGAUUCUGGUCCCGAGACUGUUGAGACUACAGAGGUCCCUCCAGUAGAAAACACAGCCAGCGCGUCGGGCCCAUUGAACCCCAGGUCUCAUGUAUCACGGCUCGGUCUGGCUCGGGCCUUCUCACGCUCUGCAGACACCCAGGAUCAGGCGAAGCACUUCUACGGAGAGGUCAUCGCCAUGGCGCCGGGGAUCCACGAAGCGUACAUCGAGCUCGUGAAGCUGGUGGAGCCCUCGGACCCGGAGGGUGCGCUGGACGUGUACUGCGGGUUCCCUCUGAAGGACGUGGCCGAGCAGAGCUUCGACGACGCCUUCAUCACCGGGGAGAUCGUCCGCCUGCUGAUGUCACAGCAGCUGUUCGACCACCCGCAGCUAGGCCCCAGCCUCGUUGCAUACGGCAAAGUCAUGGGGCUAAGCGUCAUAGAGAAGUACAUCGACAUUCUGGACGAAAAGUCAAAGACGUCGCUGCUGAAGAGCGUCUACGCGAAAAUCAACAACCGACAGGAGGACGACCCGGACCUGCAGGACUUCUUCAGAUUCAAAUGCUGGAUCUGACCAGCGUGUCCCUUUCCCUCUCAGGCUGUCUUGUUCUUUUUGUGUUUAUGAAGACAUUUUUAUUGAA